AUGGCAUCACUGAGUUUCACCGCGAAGAGCAAGGAACGUACACAACAAAAGCGAUCUCAGAGUUUACCUGCUGUCACGUCACAGCACAGCUUUAAGUGGUUCACGCCUGAGAUCUCUGAUGAUGAAAACAGUGAAAUCUACAGGUUCCAGUGCACCAGUCCAGGCCUGUACCAGUGCAGUGUGACAGGCCUGGUGUUUAACAUGGAGGGAGAAGGGGAUGUGACUUACAGGAUCGUCCACUGGGACCAGAGGCUGCUCACCCAGCAUCACAAGAAGCCUGCAGGACCACUGUUUGACAUCAGAUGCCAGCAGCAGUCUGUCUGCCAGCUUCAUCUCCCACAUUGUGAGAUCAGAUCUACAGGUGCAUGUCUGUUCUUGUCAGUGGCUCAUGUGACUGACGAGGGCACUGAUUUCAUCCUUCCACAUGAGAUAACAGAAACUCAUGUUGUUAUCAACAUCACUGGAUUUUCUUGGUUUGGUCUCGUCAAGAAUAAAAUCUUGCCCCGUUAUCCGAUCAGGGCGGUGGUGCUGCUGUUCUACACUCCUCCAGUUGAUCCUGAUCCUACAUCUCCCCUUUAUGUGUUGUUGCUGCCUGGAAACGUUGUGAUCAGUGACGUUCAGAACCAAAGGAAGAAAAGAAAUGCAGAUGAGACGUACAUAGAGACACCACCUCACUGUAAACUCCAGCCAAAUCAGGAGUACACGCUGUCCACGUCUCCUGAGGAUGAAUCAGUUUUUAUACAGCCAAAGAAGGCAGAAUUUGACAACAAAAUCGAUAACUAUUUGUGUCAUUUUAAAGUGACUUUAGGACAAAUCAGGAGAAAUGUUCAUCUGUCUCUCACAGACAGUAACAGCUCCCUCUGUGUAUGGGAAGGGCGAGUUGAUCUUCCAUCAGCUGCCAUAAGGAAGCCCCAGGGUCAGAGUGCCGACAAACAUUUGUUCUCUAUCCGGAAAGCCUUCAUCGACAGAGUAUCAGGACCUGUGCUCCAAAGUCUGUUGGACAGGCUUUUAGAGAAACGGGUGAUAAAUGACUCUGAGAAGGAGGAAGCACAUGGGAUGCAGAACAGAGCAGACAAGGCUCGUUUUGUCUUCGACACGGUGAGGAACAAAGGAGAAGCUGCUCGUUCAGAGAUGAUCACAUUUCUCUGUGAGGAAAACCAGUACCUCUCUAAAACCCUUGGGUUGAUGUGAAAACACAACUAACCAAAUUGUGAUGAAGAUAAAAUGAUAAAUGAAGAACUGACCAUUUAAACUCAAUGGCCAUAAUGUGAACAUAUCCUAAUGACCAUAAAAUUUAGAUUGACCAAAGAAUAAAAAUGGGACGAGGUGUCGGUGUUCCUCAGCACCCAAACUACUGUCAGCACUUCUCCCCUCAGAUAUUCAGCUUGUGAGCGUGUCUGUCCAAAGCACCUUGAUUUC